AUGCCCGGUUACUUCGCUUUCCGCAUGAUGAUCGAAUCUCUCUUAGCUAUGACCGGCUUGCGUGGGCGGUCUGAUGAUGUCGCUCUGCUGAACGGAUAUGGACCCGGGCGUACGGAUUCGAGACUUGAUAUGGCGACUCAAAUCGGAGAUCUGGAAGCAAAAUUGCGAGAGAAGAAACAUGAAGUGCAAGAGGUCAAGAAGAAGGCGGAGGAAGAGCUGCGGGAGACGAGACGUGAAGCUCAGCAGUUGCGGUCAGCAGCAGAAGACACGAGUCAUAAGCACGAGACGCAGAUUAAUCAGUGGCAAAAAUUGUCAUCGAAGAUGAAGGAGCAAUUACAUGGAGUAAAAAAAGAUAAUUGCCAACUGAAAGAACAAGUAAACUCGAUGAAGGGGGAGCUUCACAGUGCUCAGCAGGUAUCAGAGGAGCGACUUCGCGCAUUGACCGCUCUUGAAAAAGUACACGCUAGUGCUAACGCUCUAUUGGAAGUCAGAACAUCAGAGCUACAAGACGCGCAGAAGUAUUUGUCGAAGACAGACAACUUAUCGGACGCGGACGUCCUUCGGAUGUUUGAAAACCUCAACUCGCAGAUUUUCCAGGUCGCCGCGCAGAUAGCAGACUCUGUGCUUUAUCAAGAUCUAGCGAGGUUUCCGACAUCACCGAGCAUUUUGAGCGGAGUGAAGGAUUUCACGGGGCCAAGCAUGGCCAAUAUUCUUCAAACGCUGUCGCACUCCAUCGAUCCCUUCUAUGUCCAAUUAGCGCUGCAGGCAUGUAUGGUCACUUACACUAAGAUGAUCAUCGAAACUUGGAACUUCCGUCACCAUGAUGACAACGGGCUGCUAGCAGAGAUAUAUUUGCGCAUGAGAAAACAAGAGAGCCAAACAGUGUCGGGAAGAUGGCGCUCGCUCGCUCGACAUUAUCUUCGGAAAGCAAGGGUCGGAGAUGAAGAGCUCGCCACCUUUCUGCUACACUACCUCCUAGGACACCUCUUGGAUAUACUCGCUCUAUCCCACGUGCUAGGAAGUACUCAAGAGCUAUACGACUACAUCUCCUUACGCUACGGGGGUCCACUGCGGUCCGUCAUUGAAGACAGUCUUAAACUCCAUGAUGCAAUCGGCGAAGAGGUGGUAGCUUCAAAUUUUGAGCCACUCGCAGUGGUUUGUGGGUCUGAGUUCCGUGAGGAGUGCAUGAAAGAUGAGUAUUCCAGGAUUCCAAACGAAAUCGCCAGACGAGAAGCCGUCCUCUGCACCACGGCUGUGGGUCUUCGACGGGCAACAAAAGGUAGCCACGGCGAUGAUUCAAUACAUGAAACUGUAUUGCUCAAGCCCGUAGUCGUGUUGGAGAGUAUCAGACGAGAAGUCUAA